ACGUACACAAAUUAAUAUGAUUUUCAGAUACAAAUGCCUAUGAUUCAGAUACCUAUGUUCCAAAUGCCUGCAAUUCCUAUGCUCAAACCGGCCGACAUAGCAUCAGUCCAAGCCAAACCUGGACAGACAUUCAAUGGCAUAUCCGUGCAGUCGAGCAGUGUGUUAUCAAGGGAUGGUAGUGGGAAAGUCGUUAGAGAGCAAAGUGCUACCAUACUCACCAAUGACGGCAACGUUGUCAAGGAAUACAAAGUUGGUAAUAACCCACCGGACGUGAAGGAAUCUAUAGUUCCUCCGGUAAAGGCCAACUAAGAACAACCUCACACGACACAUAUACAUAAUCAUUCCUUACAAAUACAUAAUAUACUUACAGUAAUUAGGAUAACACAGUAGAAUAACACUACUUAUAUACAUUACACUAUUAUAUAUUGCGAAGAAUCUAAACUGCAUUAUUAGAGGUGCCCGAUACGGAUUUUGAAUUUCCCGAAAUGGAUAUGGACUUCCCAAAGAUGCCAGAAAUGAAGUUUAAGGAGAUUAAGAUGCCAGAAAUGAAAUUUCCAAAGAUGCCAGAAAUGAAAUUCCCAGAGAUUCCAAAAAUUGAUCCGAUCACCACACAUGGCCUCAGGAACCACUUGCCAGAAAAGGGUGAGAAUUUCGUCGGCUAUGCUACUUCAUCCUUCAGUAGUUCCUCGGACGUCAAUGGUGUGAAAUCCAGCAUCGGUGGAUCUAACGUCAUCCUAAACAAUAAUGGCAAAGUGGAUGAAGAGAACAUCAGGUUCCAAGGAGGUGACAAACGGAAGGGCGAAGCACAAGGGAAAGGAUUUUUCAAACACUCCAAAGUGAAACCUUUGAAACCAAUGAAACCUUUCAAACAUGCCAAACCCAAUCUUGAUAAAAUAAGGACUCACAUACCUGACAAGACUGAAAAUUUCGUAGCGUUUUCAUCGUCCUCUGUUAGUCAUUCUACAAUUAUUAAUGGAAAAAAAACUCACGCUGCUGCGUCACAGACCUUAUUGAACAAUAAUGGUAAGGUUGAUGAGGAAACAGUAGUGAUGAAUAGCUCAGAUACUGCAAAUAAAAAUCGAAAAGACGAUGAUGGUGUAACAGUAGAAGAUGAAGAAUAAGUCAAUUUAAUAGAUGUCACUCUUGAAUAAGAACGAUAUAUUAUUAGUCAUAAAAAUAAAAACAAUAUAAAUACUGACCAACACUUGUAACUAUACAAAGAUGCUGUUUCUUGAGUUUAAUAUUUUUUUCAGUUUACUUCGGAUUUUAAAAUAUUUACUUACUUACUGGUAAAUUGGUAAUGCAUGUAACCAUAGUUUUAAGUCAAUAAAAAUAUAAAAUAGUGUAAUGUUAUAUUGUUUUCAAAAUAAAACCAUAAUAUAGCUUUGUAAAAACCGUAUUGGUACACCGAUUUAUUUAUUCCAAAAAAUAGAUUUUUCCUGCCGCU